GAGGGAUUUCUGUAUGCAGAGUGUGGAGCUAACAUGCUAGCAGUGCGAAGAUAACGUAUCUAACGUUGCUACUAGCCCGCUACUCUUCACAAACAAGUCAGUACUGAGUAUAGCUUUACUGACUCCUGCUCUUAUCCCUGAACCUUCCAUCUCUGCAUUAGAACACCAGUGACUCUAAACAUGGACUUGGAAGAUGACACCACUGUAUUAACAACCUUGAAGUCCUUCAAUUCCUUCAUCAGCCGCACUGACCCUCCACAGCGGCUGUCGGAGCACUCAGCAGGACCUGCAAACCUGCAGAAUCAGUACAAACGCAGCAUGGAGUUGUUGGAAGCAGCAGAGAAGGUUCAAUCCAAGAAUCGCUACCUUCAGCUGGACCAGGAGAAGAAGCAGAUGGAGCUGAGUCACAAGCGAGCUCGAUAUGAACUCGAGAGGGCUGCUUCUGACAGCGCACGAGACUUCGAGCAUGAGGUUGACCGGAACCAGGAUCUCUUGGGGCGAAUAAAAAAGUUAGAGGACAGAGAGACGGAGGCAGCUAAGAACCUCUCCGAGCAGCUGACGGUAAAUCGUUCUCUACGUAAGAACCUGGACGGCCUGAACAGGAAACUGGAGGAGCGAGAUACGAGACUGAACACCGCUAACCAGACCAUCAGUUCUUUGAAGGAUGAGAUCCGAGAGCUGAAGCAGAAGAUUCAAAACCAAGACUCGGCAGUUUCUUCUCAAACCCUUGAAAACCAGGAACUGCAGGAACAGUUAGAUUUACAGCGCAGGAAGCAUCAGGAAGUCUCUCAGCUUUGCCAAAGUCUCCAAGCGGCCCAGACCUCCUGCUCAGAGCACAUCAUCAAGAUUAAGGAGUUGGAGAGGCGUCUCGCCCUCCAGGAGCAAGACUUUGCCAUCGUAAAGAAUGUAAAGUCAGAGGUGGCCAAGGUUCCAGACCUGGAGAAGGAUGUGAAGCGCCUCAGAGAGGAUAAUGCCUUUCUCAGGGAGAGCAGGGAGAACUGCAGCCUGUUGAAAGAGGAGGUGGUGGGGCUGAGGAGGAAGCUGGAGAGGAUGGAGAAAGCGAAGGAAGAGCUGGUGAAUAUGGAACUGGAGAAGGAGAGGUUGGCGGAGAAGCUCCGAGCCUGGGAAAACAUCGGGCAAUCUACCGGCCUCAACAUCAGGAAACCAGAGGAUCUGUCCAGGGAGGUGAUUCAGAUCCAGCAGAUAGAAAUUUCUCUGAAAGAGCAGAACUACACACUCAACAGCCGCGUGAGGAGCGCCGAGCGUUUGCAGGCCGAGCUCCGGGCAGAGCUGUCCCAGCAGCGCAGCAAGGCUCUGGAGGAGCAGAAGAAGAGGGAGGCGCAGGACGCUCUGGUCCGCCGGCUACAGAAGAGAGUGCUGCUGUUAACCAAGGAGCGUGAUGGAAUGCGUGCCAUACUGGAGUCCUAUGACAGCGCGCUGGCACCCACUGAGUACUCUCCACAACUCAGCAAACGCCUCAGAGAGGCAGAGGAAGUGCUGCAGAGGACCCAGAACCACAACGCAGAGAUGGAGGCCCAGCUGACCAAAGCACAGGAGGAGACGGGGACUUUAAAACUGCAGCUGCAAACUGUGGAGCUGGAGCUGGAGUCUCUAAAGAAGCAGCAGGCCUCUGCUGCUGAUAGCAGCUCUUCAGGGACCAAAGAAGAGGUCAGCAUACUCAGACAGAAAAUUGAAGAUUUGGAGGCAGAGCGCCAGCGUUUGGAGCAGCAGAACAACAUUCUGGAGAUGAGACUGGAGAGACACAACCUACAGGGAGACUACGAUCCCGUCAAAACCCGAGUUCUCCACUUCAAAAUGAACCCGGCCGCGGCCGCCAAGCAGGAGCGCCAGCAGGAUGUCGAGGCUCUUCGGGAGGAAGUGACGUGUCUCAGGGAGCUGGUGCGCUCGCUGCAGGAUGGAGGUGCUUCGGUCCAUUUGCAAGACGACUCCGGUGUGCACGCCGCCAGCCGCAGCCUCAGUUUACCGCCGUCGAAGGAGGUUCUGGAUUUACGCAAGCAGAUGGAGAGCUCGGAGCUCAGGAACCAGAGGCUGAAGGAGGUGUUUCAGAGGAAAAUCCAGGAGUUCCGCACAGUCUGCUACGUCCUGACCGGCUAUCAGAUGGACAUCACCACUGAGAACCAGUACAGGCUCACCUCAGUCUACGCAGAGCACAUGGACGACUCCUUGCUCUUCAAAAAGGGCUCCAAUGGAAGCAUGCAGCUCAUGGAGACCGAGUUUUCCAAAACUCUGGGGGAGAUGGUGGCCCUUCAUCUGCAUCACCAGAAGAGCAUCCCAGCGUUCCUCUCCGCUGUGACCCUCGACCUCUUCAGCCGACAAACCACCGUCUGAAGUAACUUGACGCCAACUGGUUUCCGCUCCCUUUCUUGCCGUUUUCUCCGUCUCAUACAAUAUUCACAGAGUUCUUUCAACAGCUCUGACAUGUGACUAGUGUGGUUGGUGCUGUGUUGUGCAGGAUGAACACCUCCAUCUUGUAUUCAGAAAGGCUUCAGAAGGCAUCUUGGUAUUCCUAUUUGUACGCUGAAUAUUUUAUCAAUGAAAUAUAUUUUUUCUUAACAUGACAAAAUUGUCAUGAAAAUGUCACAGGAGCCUCUGAUAUUUGGGUUAAGAGCGUGCUGUUUUACAGUGUGGCAGGACUGAACAGAAACAAAAGGAAGUGAGCGGAGAAUAAAGCCACUUAUCACAGCGACGGUAGAGGAACGCCAGCUGGUGCAGCCAUAUGUCUCGUGAGGAAACAUAUUCUCCUGUACUGCACAUGCCACAUACUGUCAUUGUUUAUUUUUAUUUGUUCACACUCUUUUUCACAACACAAGCACAUCUUCUGCCCACCCCCCGCAGCUCUCACCUAGAGAUAAUAUAGGAGGGGCUUUUAUAUAAGCUGUGCGAUGUAAACAGUACUGUAGCUUCAUCGCGACUGUCUUCAUUCAAUAAAGCUACUGUACCUCCUUACUGUUUUCAAACGUGAUCAAUAAAGCGUAUGUGUGACUUUA